AUGGCCAUCACUACAACUGAGACCGCUGUGGAAAACGUUGAGCUCACCGAUUUAGCUCAGGGGAGCAGCCAUGAGGAGACUGGCCCUCGUGAGACGCAGCCUGAGGAAGGGCCAAAUGAAAGUCUUAGCAAGUUGGCUUACUUGAGGCUUAUUUCCGCCUCCUUUUCAUUUUUCGUGGCUGGCACAAACGAUGGCAGCAUUGGAGCUUUAAUACCCUAUAUUAUCCGUGAUCACAAUAUCAGCACGGCAAUUGUAUCCAGCGUAUAUGGCGCCAACUUCUUUGGCUGGCUCUUUGCAGCAUUUGCCAACACGCAUCUCUGCCAGUAUCUCAACCUAGGCGCGAUGCUUGCCCUGGGGGCGUUGUUCCAAAUCAUCGCCCAUGCUCUCAGAUCGUGGGACCCUCCGUUUGGGCUUUUCGUCGUUACUUUUUGGCUUGUGAGCAUCGGGCAGGCUUUCCAAGAUACACACGCAAACUCAUAUGCUGCCGGCGUCAAAUCUUCUCACCGGUGGUUGGCAUUCAUUCAUGCCAUGUAUGCAGCUGGCUGCUUAGUUGGGCCGUUCGUCUCUACUGCCGUCGCGUCAUCUGGCCAAGUUUCUAGGUGGUACUUGUAUUACACGUUUCCGUUGGGCUUAGGUGUUAUCAAUCUUGUCUUGACUUGCAUUGCGUUUCGAGACACUCUUGGAUUUGUACGCAAGACUGCCGCAAGAGACAAUCACGAGGACCCAGACGGUGAUCAAAACGCUGAAGCAACAUCCCGAAACAAGAAUGCGACUCAGCUCAUCAAAAAGACUCUCAGCACGCCGAGCGUGUGGCUGCUGAGCCUCUUCUUCUUCUUCUACCUCGGCUCAACCCUCACGGCCAGCGGUUGGGUUGUCGAGUACCUGGUAAAGGCGAGAGGGGGAGACGUCUCUAAAAUGGGCUUCGUCCCUGCUGGAUUCAGCGGCGGCGCGCUGCUUGGACGGCUGCUGCUGGCAGAGCCGACGCAUCGCUAUGGCGAGCGCCGAAUGAUAUUCGGUUAUAUCAUUGCAGCGCUUGUCUUUCAACUAAUCUUCUGGUUGGUACCAAACAUUAUUGCAGCUUCCAUCGCAGUCAGCUUCAUAGGGCUUUUUACUGGUCCUUUGUUUGCCACGGGUAUAAAUCUCGGAAGCAAAUUGUUCUCAGAAGACAUCCGGAGCACAGCCCUGCCAUUGGUCUUCGUUUUCGCUCAAAUGGGCGGCUCUACGUUCCCAAUAAUAACCGGGGUUGUAUCUGCCAAUGCCGGCGUCAAGGUGCUGCAGCCCAUCUUGGUUGCUUUGCUUGCCACUACAGCCGUAACGUGGCUGUUGGUUCCAUCACCAAAGGCAACGCCAAAUGCCGCCCUGCAUCAAGAGUGA